GUUAGGCUAUCUAUGUAAAAGCCUAGAAAUAGAGAUUAUAACAUUGAAAUUGAUAAAAACAAAUUAUUCAAUAAGUUUAUUAAAUAAAUCAACAAGUUAAGACUUGUAGAUUAUAAAUACAGUAGAUUUGAAGUCUCUCUGUUGUGGGGAUACAGAAGGUGAUGCUGUUGUGAUGAUUAAUAAUGUGGAAAAUUGCGAAGGUUCAAUCAACAAGAGAUUUCAAGUUUUACCCAUUGAAGUAAUUGUCCAUCAGAUAUUUGAAUAUCUUGACAUCAAAGAAGUUUGUACUUGCAGACUUGUUUCAAAGAAAUGGAACUAUUAUUCUAUCACAAACUUGCAAAGCAGACAUGAACUUGAUUUUGCAGGGAUGCCUGUGAUAUCUGAUAGCGGAUUGAAUGCUAUUUUAAGGAUUGCUAGACAACUUAGGGUUGUUCGAUUAGAUGACUGCUGGACUUGCACAACUGAAGAGAAUUUGUUUCUCCUUGCGAACAAUUGCCCAAACCUUUCUAUCCUGAGCGUUAGUCGAUGUAAAUAUGUGACAGAUGAUGCCAUAAAAAAGCUUUGUGAAUGUUGUAAAAAUCUGCAAGAACUGGAUGUCAGUAACUGCUUUAAGGUUUCUGACAAAGGACUUUCAAGUGUUACUUUGUCCAAGAAUCUUCAUAGUCUCAGUGUCAGAAGUUGCUAUGGAGUGACAGACCGUAGCAUUAAAAGAAUAACUAGUCAAUGUUUGAAAUUGAUGGUGCUGGAUGUCAGCUGUUGUCCACGGGUCACUGAUGUUGGUCUCCAACCUCUCCUGGAAAAACCAUCUAAGCAAUACAUACGAAUCAAAUCAUGCCAAAAUGUUUCCGUCGGUAUGAUUUCGAAGUUGGUAACAGCUGGUAUUACCGUAAAUGAUAUCUUCUGAAAAGACAAUGUCGGUACUUUUAAAAAGUCAUAGCAUUGUUUCCCGAAGUAGUGAGAUGAAAAAGGC